GACCCGCGCCGGUGACGUCACUGCGGAGCAAAGAUGGCGAAGGCGUACGACUACUUGUUCAAACUUCUGCUCAUCGGAGACAGCGGCGUGGGCAAGACGUGCGUGCUCUUCAGGUUCUCCGAGGACGCCUUCAACUCCACCUUCAUCUCCACCAUCGGCAUUGAUUUCAAGAUCAGAACAGUCGACUUGGAUGGCAAAAAAAUCAAACUUCAAAUAUGGGACACAGCUGGUCAGGAGCGAUUCAGGACCAUCACGACGGCGUACUACAGGGGCGCCAUGGGAAUUAUGCUCGUGUACGACAUCACAAACGACAAGUCGUUUGAAAACAUUAAAAACUGGAUACGAAAUAUCGAAGAGCACGCCUCCGCCGACGUGGAGCGGAUGAUUCUAGGGAACAAGUGCGACAUGAACGACCGGCGGCAGGUGUCCCGAGAGAGGGGCGAGAAGUUUGCCUCGGAGUAUGGGAUUAAGUUCAUGGAGACAAGUGCCAAAGCGAGCAUAAAUGUGGAGGAGGCUUUUUUCACCCUAGCAAGAGACAUCAAGGCAAAAAUGGACAAGAAAUUUGAGGGCAUUUCUCACCAAGACAACAGUGUGCUCCAGAUGAACCAAACGCAACAGCCAAAGAAGUCCAGCUUUUUCAAAUGCACACUCCUGUGACUUGCUCGAUUUAUAAGACACGGGGGAUGGGGGGGGGGGCAACAGCAAACAAAUGGCACUGAGAGAAUAAAAAAAACAAAUUUAAGCAACAACUCUACGAAGCCGCAUCUCGGCAGUCUUCCAGCACCUUCCUUAGCGUGGACUUCCCACUGCAUUGAGAGCCUCGUGGUGAUCUGGACCUUGCUGCCACCCGACUACUGGAAGAGACAUCAAGAUCGAUCAUUAAUUAAAUCGGCUGUUUGAGGAUGGGAGGGGGGUGAAAUCAAACAUCUUAAUUUCGUACCUAACGUUCUUCCAUUCCAGCCACCGACAGUCAUCUGUGGGAAGACUCUAAUUGAGACUUUGAACAGGGGUGGACGCAUCUAGAUAUAUUAAGCCAUACAGUUGUGGACCUUACACUUCGAUCAGGUGUUGUUGACGUUAUUUUGCGGUGGCAUUACGGUGCGAGGCUGCAGGAGCUGCAUGAGUCUCCGUGUGAAUCUUUGUACAUAGCGCCCACAGUUGGUGUUGGCUGUUGUUUGAAGUGAUUUUCACGACGCUCUUAAAAUGUAUAAACAGUAACUAUCAUAACUUAUGAGUUAUCCCUUAUACUGACAGCAAUAUUUCUAGUUUGGCAUAUGCAGACAUCUAAAGUAUUCUUUUUUUCAUUUAAGGAUUUUUUUCAUAAGCCACAAUAUCAAUAUCACAAAUAUUGCACCCAUUGCACACUGUUUAAGGGCCUAUUACAGCUUGAUAAAUGUUCUUGUAAUAAGGAUGAGUCAUCAGCACUUAUAUAUAAAUAUCAGCAUUAGCCCUAUCUGAAAGGCAUUAAAUGGUGUUGCAUUGCAAAUUGGAUGUACAUGUUAUGGUUACUUGAAUGUUGAUCUGCCUUACAUUUUAUUUGCUGUGCCUAAAGUCUACAAGUUUACAGCGUGUAUGAAACGUUGUGUGUGCCUGUACAAUGGUUUUUAAAAGAGACAGACUACAUUCUUCAUCUUUGCCGCAUGAUGGAGCAUUCCGUGUGUGCAUGAACUGCUGCCUUUGUAAGAUCUCGCAGACAUCCCGGAGAGCUGACUUAUUAAAUAUGCCGCCAGUUUUCCAAGAUCUUUGGAGAAAAGCUAAAUUUUCACACUCGAGGUGGUUUCCUGGAAUUGAUUGGUUCGAGACAAAAAACAACAAUACACUUGUGAAGUUAGUUAAAACAUCGUUUUGGACUGUGACUCUUGACAGUUUUUGUGCAGAAGAGGGAGUGUCAUGGCCCACGCUUCUCCCCCAAAAUUUUCUCCCUGACCGUUUACGCCUCCCAACUCUUUGUGCCGCUAUGGCCAGAAUUUGAAAAUGUGAUUAUUUUGCAUUCCAGUGUUCCAUCUCGAGAAGUGACACCGAGAAAUCACGACGGCAUUCUCGCGGUGCUUGAUAGUAACCGCUGUGACGAACACUCGCCUCACACUUUCUCCCCAUAGUUCACUCUUUCCUUACUCGGCAUUAACAGCUGAUGCGCUUAAAUUAGUUCUUAAGACGUUUGGGGUUCAUUUAUGAAUGAUGGCUGUUGGGUUCCUAAUGGCAUACGUCUGCAUUGCAUGUGAAUGCGUAGUUCUAGGUGGCCGGUGGUAUAUUCAGAGAUGUCUGUUUUAAAUAGAGUGCUGCGAUGGGAGAAAUCCUCAUUCGGUGGUGAGCACAAACACUUUGUAAAUGCCAUGGUAAUGUAUUAGCCAUGGGGCUCGUGUAGGGGCGAUGUGGGUUCCAGGCUUUUUGUACAAGUGGUAUUCCUCAGUGCUUACAAAAUAAUAACUAUAGAUGCCCAAUAACCCGUUAGCAACCCCAUGUUGGAGUGCAAAAAUGUGGGGAGCAGGAUAACAAUAUGCAUUUACCUGGUUGCAUAGCACCAACCUUAGCUGCCCAACUCUUUUAAGUAAUGCGAUAAUGUUACUCAUGGUUUGUCGACGCUGCUUGUCAUAGUUUAUAUCGUAGCGCUAAAAUAUACUGUAUGCAUAUAUUGUUGUGUAUUGAAAACCUGCUUUUAUAUUGUGGGCAAUGUGUGGGUUUUUUUUUGUUUGAAACUCAUGUUUGGGUACAAGCAGAAGCGAUGAAUGAUUUGACAGCGUGCCCAGCGGUGUGGGUCGCGUCGCGAGGAUUUAUCUCGUUCCCACCGCGCGCCCGAUACACGAGCAGCAGCAUUGUACCCCACUGGUCAUGUUUUAUCGUCACUUGUCUGGUGUGUAAUGAAGCCUCCAUGAUAUAUCGGGGACUUGCAUGAAUAAGGGAAUAAACCAUGAAGACAUUGGGAGGGGCUACAACAGUCAUGAUUUGUAUCCCUUCCCAAUAAACUGAUGUCAACUGUU